UUUUCAUACAAUAAAUUAUUCUAAAGCUGUGAUUAUCUUAAUUAAUAAUAAUGGGUGCACAAACAAAAAUUCUUGUUCUUCUGGGAUUGAACAAUUCCAUAAAUAUUGAUGAAGUUGCAAUUAACGAAAAAAUCAAACAAAUUCGUUCACGAGUCAAUACGAUGGAAGAUAAGGAAAAAUUAAUUUUAUUACAAAAAGCUAUUACUUUUCUCGAUUUGACAUCUCUUAAUACUGAUGACACACAAGAAGUUAUUCAAACAUUAUGUCUAAAGGCAAUGAAACCGAUCGAAUCACAAGACAAAACAAAGGAAUGUUUACAUACAGCAGCUGUAUGUGUAUAUCCCGACAGAGCACAAGAUGCAAUUGAUAUUUUGAUCGAUCAUGUUGGUCGUUUUAUAUCUGUCGCUAGCGUAGCUGGAGAUUUUCCGUCUGGAAAACGACCUUUUGAAGAAAGGUUACAAGAAGUAGUCGAUGUUGUCAAGCUUGGGGUAGAUGAAGUUGAUGUAGUAAUUGACAGAUCUCUCGUUCUUACCCAUGACUGGGAUGAAUUAUUUAAUCAAUUAUCAUCAAUGAAAGAUGCAUGUGAUGCCAAACAUAUGAAAACUAUAUUAUCUGUUGGCGAUUUACCAAGUCUAAAUCAUAUUUAUAAGGUUUCGAUGGUCGCAAUGGCAGCUGGUAGUGAUUUUAUUAAAACAUCGACAGGAAAAGAAGUGGUAAAUGCCAAUCUGCCUGCAGGAAUGGUUAUGUGUCAAGCUAUCAGGGAGUAUAAGAAAAUAACCGGCAGAAAGGUGGGUCUCAAACCAGCUGGUGGAAUAAAAACUGCUGUUCAAGCAUUGGAAUGGCUAAUUCUCGUCAAGGAAGAGUUAGGAGAAGAAUGGCUAAAUAAAACUUUUUUUAGAAUUGGAGCAUCUAGUUUACUUGAUGAUAUUGUGGCUACGAUUCACGAUUUGUCAAAAUAAAUUUUUGAUAAAUUGUGAAAAUAAUUAUGAUAUGAUUUUUUACAUUUAUAUUUUCGCAUUUAAUGCAUUUGGUACAUAUCUUUUAUAACAUAUGACCUUUUAAAAGAUUUCUAUCGUUCACAGUGAAAAAAUUACUUAAAUUAAUUAUAAUGAC